GUUUUCAUCCAGUCGUUUGUUUAUCCUAAUUUCUUUAACUUUAUAGUGCCGCAAGUUUCUUUCUAAAAUUUCAUUACAAAACUCGAAACUGUAUGAGAUUAGUAUUUUUCAAACGUGAUUUAUUAUUAUAGUUAGCAUUUUAACGUAAUGGAUAUGGAAGAUCCGAACGUAAUUCCCGGGUUUUCAAUCGAAAAUGCCGACUUGGAUUAUGACGACGAUGAAUCGACCAAAAAGGGAAAGAAGAAGAAAGGCGGUGGUUUCCAGGCCAUGGGUUUGAGCAUGCCGAUCAUCAAGGCCAUCCUCAAAAUAGGCUAUAAGAUCCCAACACCGAUCCAGCGGAAGACAAUACCAUUAAUACUGGAGGGGCGGGAUGUAGUCGCUAUGGCAAAAACCGGUUCCGGAAAGACGGCCUGCUUUUUGAUUCCCCUGUUCGAAAAGCUGAAACAGCGUGAAGUAAAAAACGGAGCCCGAGCGUUGAUCUUAACACCAACCAGGGAGUUGGCGAUACAAACGUUCAAGUUUAUCAAACAGCUUGGAAAGUUUUUGGAUUUGAAGACGAUUCUCGUACUGGGCGGAGACUCGAUGGAUUCACAGUUUGCCGCAAUUCAUACGCUUCCGGAUAUCAUUGUGGCCACGCCGGGACGCUUUUUGCAUCUGUGUGUUGAGAUGAACCUGAAACUGUCUUCGGUGGAGUACUGCGUGUUCGAUGAAGCGGAUCGUUUGUUCGAGAUGGGCUUCGGAGAGCAGCUCACGGAGACACUGAAAAGGUUGCCGGACGGAAGACAAAUGGUUCUAUUUAGCGCCACCCUUCCGAAAUUGAUGGUUGAGUUUGCCAAGGCUGGUUUGAGUGAUCCAACGCUGAUUCGGUUGGACGUUGAGUCGAAAAUUCCGGAAACCUUGGAUUUGAAAUUUAUCUACUGCCGUCCGGAUGAACGUUACGCUACUUUGCUGGUUCUGCUGAGGGAGGUUAUUCCGAAGAAGGCUCAAAUCGUGCUAUUUGCUGGUACACAGCAUCAUGUUGAGCUGAUAUCGAUGAUUUUAAAUAAAGCGGGAAUUGCGAACACGUUUGUAUAUUCUGGACUGGACGCAUCCGCUCGGAAGAUCAAUACGGCAAAAUUCACGAUGAAGAAAGUUAAUGUUUUGGUGGUGACGGACAUUGCUGCCCGUGGUUUGGACAUCCCUACGCUGGAUUAUGUGGUGAACGUGCACUUCCCAGGCAAGCCGAAGUUAUUCAUACACCGGGUCGGUCGGUGUGCUCGUGCGGGAAGAAGUGGAACAGCUUACAGUAUCUUCUCUAACGACGACAUUGCGCACAUGAUCGAUCUGCACAUGUUCCUUACCAGACCGGUGCAGGAGGCUGAUGCUCGAAACAUGGGACGAGCACCACCGGAAAUGGUCGAAGCGGAACAUCAGAUAGUGCUGGAGUAUGUGAAACAUAUUGAUCUGGCCACGGCCUACAGGAUCAGUAACAAUGCUUACAAGCAGUACAUUGUGACGCGGCCGGCUGCCUCGGCUAGUUCUAACAAAAAAGCUAAGCAUUUCAAGAUCGGGCAGCUUAAGGUGUUGGAGGAUUUCGAAAAGACUUUGAAGCAGGAGACGGAGUUGAACAAGCUGGGAAAGCAGAAGAAUGUGCAACUAGCGAUAGUGAAGAAACCGGCCGUCGAUCCAGAUGAAUUCCGUAACGAUUUCAUUUCUCGGAUGAAAAGUUUUCGACCCCAAGCGACCAUUUUUGAGUUGAAUCCGAAAUCCAAUUCCAAACAACUGCGGAUUAUGGCUGAAAAGCGGGACAAGGAUAACAUCAAAAUUGAAAAACAUAAGCGUAAGUUGGUCGAGCAGGAACUGGAAGAAGGGAAAAAGCCGGCUGCUGAUCAGGAAGAGCUGGAAACGGUGCCGAAAAAGAAGUCAAAGAAAAAUGCUCAGCCAAUCAAGGAUGACGCCAACUACAUCAGCCAUCAGGCGAAAGAUCACGUCGAGGAGGACGGCUAUGCGGUCAACAGUUUCGCCAAGGAAGCUGGUUCGGCAGAAUUUUCCGUCAUCGGUGAUACUGCAGCGGAUCAACGGCUUCACCAGAGGCUGCAGAAGUGGGAUCGUAAAAAGAAAAAGAUGGUCAACGUGGAAAAUCCAAAAGCCGGCAAAAUACGAACCGAGCAUGGUGUCUGGAUUGCAGCUUCGUACAAAACCGGUCGAUACGAUCGGUGGAAGGAACGUACGAAGGUUGACGAACAGAUUGCGGCUCGUCAGCAGCAGCAGGAUAGCGAUGCCAGUGAUGGUGAGGAGGCCGUACCGCUGCAGAAACGCGACUAUCCACAUACCCACUGGGGACGACACAACGCCAAGAUGGACCUGAAGAAGGUACGCGAUUUGGAUCUGAAGAGUGCGGAUCAAAUUGCUAAGCAACGGCUGCUGAAGGAGACCAAACUGGCGAAGGAGAAGACUGCUCGGUUGAAGAACUUGCAGCGCAGAAAAAAGGCUCUGGGCAAAAAGAUGGCAAAGACCAAAGGGAAGAAAUGAAGCCUGGGUUGUUGAGGAAUAUGUUUGGAUAUAGAAUUUAUACAAUUGAUUAUAUAACGCUGA